UCAAAGGCACUUGCAUGGAGAUUGCUAUUGGCCUCCGAAGAGUUGGAGCCGGAUUUGGCCAGCCCGCUCUCCCUCUGCUUGGGAAAGUGAGAAUUCCUGAAGGCAUUUUACUUCAGAUUUUUUUUUGUGGGGAUCUAAACAUGAAUGCAGAGGCUCUGGUGAACUCCGUCUUAGUUUCUUUACUUCUGAUUUUACUCUCAGUCAUUGAAGUAAGUUUACUGCAAUCACUGGGACAGGUGGGUGGAAAAUGUAAACUCUCCACCAAUGCCUCGCAGAGACGAUGCCGGACCUCCGAUGACCUGAUCUGCAGCGGGAGGGGAGAGUGUGUGUGUGGGGCCUGUAUUUGCCAAGUCACUGAGCCAGGGAUGUAUUAUGGGCCACGGUGUGAAUGUCAUGACUGGGUCUGUGCAACAUAUGAUGGGAAGACCUGUGGUGGUCAUGGAACAUGUGACUGUGGUAAGUGCAUAUGUGAUGAUGACUGGUUUGGAGAAGCCUGUCAGUACCAGGAAAACUGCAACCUCUCUAAACGAAAAAGCAAAGACCUGUGCCGCAACGCUCAGGGAGUGGUGUGCUCCAAUGCAGGAACAUGUCACUGCGGCAGCUGCAUUUGCCGCAAUCCCGAUGGCAAAGGUCUCAUCAGUGGCCGCUACUGUGAGUGUGACGACAGCCAGUGCCUAGACGAGGAUUCAGGGGAGGUUUGUGGAGGCCAUGGAAUGUGUUACUGUGGAAACUGUUACUGCUCGGCUGGUUGGCAUGGAGAUAAAUGUGAAUUCCAGUGUGCCAUCAGCCCAUGGGAAAGCAAGCGGAGAUGCAUGUCUCCAGAUGGCAAGAUCUGCAGUAACCGAGGGACCUGUGUAUGUGGAGAAUGUACCUGCUAUGAUGUUGAUCCAUCAGGGGACUGGGGUGACAUCCAUGGAGACACAUGCGAGUGUGAUGAGAGGAGCUGCCAUGCUACAUAUGACAGAUACUCAGACAGGUUCUGCUCUGGCCACGGACAAUGUCACUGCGGUAGGUGUGACUGCCAAGAGGGCUGGACAGGCAAGAAAUGUGAGCAUCCUGUGUCCUGUUCACUCUCUGUGGAAGCCAGUCAGAAGAAGUGCAGAGGGACCUCCAACCUGCCCUGUCACGGCAGAGGCCAGUGUGCCUGUGGACAGUGCACGUGCCAUCCACCAGGAGACAGCCGUGUUCAUGGCAGAAACUGCGAGUGUGAUGACCGGCAGUGUGAGGAUGUGAACAAAGACAUCUGUGGUGGGCAUGGCUUUUGCUCCUGUGGCCGCUGUAUUUGUAGUGAUGGAUGGUUUGGAAAGCAUUGCCAGUUCCCCCGUAGUUGCAACAUGACUGACGAACAGAGCAAGAGCUUGUGUGAGACAGCCUACAGCGUCAUGUGUUCCGGAAAAGGCUCUUGCCACUGCGGGAGGUGCAUCUGUUCACCACAGGAGUGGUACAUUUCAGGCGAUUUCUGUGAAUGUGAUGACAGGGAGUGUGACCAGCAUGAGGGCUUGAUCUGUACAGGAAAUGGCAUGUGCAACUGCGGGACCUGUGAGUGCUGGGACGGCUGGUCAGGGAACGCCUGUGAAAUCUGGGUGGGAGAAGAGUACUAACAUUUCCUAAAGACUGUUUCUUUAUCAGAAAAGAGCUGCUCAACAGGAUCCAGUGUCAGUUGGGAACACAAGCAGUCUGAACCUUCUUCACGUAUAUAACAGUAUUCAUUGUACUGGUUACAAAUCUCCUUUAUUAAAACAAGGUUUUCCUUUUUUAAUGCAAGUCAAACAAAUAUAAGCAAGAGACAUCGGUUUGAAGACAUGUUACCUUGUACUUCUUUUGCUUCUAUUCCAACUAUAUGUUACGAAAUGUAUUUUUUUUUUAAUAGGAAUGAAUGCAUACACACUUUCACUAGCGCCACACAGGAGGAUGCAGGUACAUGGGCAGGAUCCAAACAGUGUGUUUUAUUCCUGAUGUGAUUAUUUGUCAGAUCAUUGUCUGAGUAUAUAUGAGCUUGUACAGUUUUGCCUCAAUCAAAAGGGCUUAAUGGAUGAAAACAAGGUUAACCCUGCACUCAGGUGAGUGAUAUUACAAUUACACCAUUAAAUGUGCUUCAGAUAUUCUGUAUUACUCAAGAGAACAUGGUAACACUUCAGUAUAAGAGAUUAUAUCCUGUAUUUGAUAUUAAUUCAUGGUAGAGGUUUUAAGGAGACGCUGGUAACAUCGACAGAAAGGGGAUGUCUACAGUUGGAUGCAGACUUAGCGAAGUAUUUCCAAGGAUCACACUGAGCAAAAACUCAUGUUUUUAAACAUGAAGCAUCACCGCAGAUUCUCUGCUGCAGCCAAUCACAUGCAUUUAUGUAAAUUACUAACCUUAAGGUAACUGGGGGGGGGGGUCUAGUUUUUCAUCCACCCUCUCUGGAGUGACGUGAUGAUGUGGCUUGUUAAAAAAUAAACUUGACGACAAAAACAAUGUUUAAAGACAACUGCAUGGAGACAUCCAGUGUAUAUUUAUCCUCCACUUCAGGUUCAAAUCUUAUCAGUCCAUGGCACUAAUCAAAGUUAUAACAUGAAGCAAAACAUUUCAAACUAUUUCAAAUUGAUCCAUCUUAUUUAUAUUCAUGACCUAAUCGCUAAUCAUUGUUUAAGCAUUAAAGGAGAACUGAAGUCAUUUUUAAAUUUGCUUUAUUUCUUAAUUAACGUGUUAUUCAAUUAUGUUUUCGGUUUUAGUAACCUUAUAUCGUGACUCGUAUUGGCAACUAAUUGCAAUUAAAUAUUAUACUUAUCGGCCUAUUCGGUUUUUAGCCAUGUUGAAUUUAGUUCGUUUGGUCCACGGCAGGCGUCGCUUAUCCGCGCCUUCACGAGACUUGUGCGAGACUUCGAAACGUGAAGUGUCAGCGCCACCAUUUUGUAAACUGUUUUCCAAACGAAAUGUUGCACAAAAACGAGUUUAAAUGACGACUACUGCCUACUUUUUUCAAACUUUCCUGAUUGCUAUCAAAACAAACAAAACUUCCGGCUUGAUUACGUCAGCAUUCGAAAGAGGGCGUGCGUGUCUUUUGACGACAUUGGCAGAUGUUGUCACUUUGAUUUCCGCUGUACAUUUUGCUUCCGUCCUACGAAGUCUCGCACGGGUCUCAACAAAUCUUGUUUACGGCCAUUAACUUGACAUAUGGACUGAUAUAUUACAGAGCAUAUUUCAGACACUAAUAACUUGCUAUAGCAGCGACAAAAUAGCUAUCAAAAAUGCAUUCCUACAUUUUAUAAAAUGAGAUAAACAGAAUUUUGAUAAUAAAAAAUUUGCCUUCAGUUCUCCUUUAAAAUAUAACCGUUGUCACCAUGCAUGUCACCAUGUUAGUUGGUUAUCAACCUUAUUAAGCAAAAAAUAUUUAUGUAGCUGGACCUUUAGCAAUUUUAAUUGAAUACCUCUGAUCUACAGUAUAAGGUAAAUUAUAUACAUAUAAGAACAUUAAAUGAAGCACUAAUAAGGUGUUCUGGUUGCCAAAUAACUUCUGUAUUCACUUCUUACAUAGUCAGCUAUAAUUUAAUGUGUAAUAUGUUUCCCCAUAUACUGAAGUGUUACAGAAAACCUGGAAAACAAGUUACUGUGAAAUGUUGCUAUGAGAAUAAGAAUGAAAACAGCAUGUUUGUAAUUGUAUAAAGCUCUCCAAUAAACCACUU